AUGAGCGUUGCCCCGACCACCAGCACCAACACGAACGGCCAGUUCGUAAAGAGCACUCGGAACGAGAUCCUCAACGCCGGUGCUCUAGCGGCAGGACACGCCAGCACGACGGGGGCAUCUGAAGUGCCAGACCAGAAAGAGCCCUACACGUGCUGGUCCGUGUUUAUGGGAUGCCUGGGAAACCGUUCGACACCAGCGGCAGAGUGA